AUGGUCAAAAGAAGAUACGAAGAUAGUGCAGACGGAGUUAGUAAAAGAUUAAAAGAUAAUGAAUUGAAUACAAUUGAUUCUGAAUUAAUUGGUGAACAAAGAUCAACACCUGCAAGAGAUGAAAAUAGAGAAGUAGAAGAUGAAGAAGAUGUAGAAACAAGAGCUAGAUCAGAUGCAGCACAAGCAGCGGCGGAAGCAGCUAACAAACAUCAACAAGCUCAACAACAAUUAUAUCAUCAACAAUUUGGUAAAGAAGAAUUAGUCGAAGGUGCUUCAGGAGCUACUCCACUAAGUGAAGCGUCACCAACACAAGAUUUACAACAAUCUCCAGGAUCAGAUUCAAAAGAUAAACCAGCACAUGGGUCAGAAGAAUGGUAUAGAUUAAGAAAAGAAAAUCAUAAAGAAGUUGAAAGAAGAAGAAGAGAAUCUAUAAAUAUUGGUAUUAAACAAUUAGCGCAAUUAAUUCCAACAACAGAUACAAAUAAAGCACAAAUAUUACAAAGAGCAGUUGAAUAUAUUAAAAGAUUAAAAGAAAAUGAAAAUAAUAAUAUUGAAAAAUGGACUUUGGAAAAAUUAUUAACAGAACAAGCAGUUAGUGAAUUAAGUGCAUCAAAUGAGAAAUUAAAACAAGAAUUAGAAAGAGCUUACAGAGAAAUUGAGCAUUUGAAAGGAAAGAAAUGA